AUGUUGGGCAGUGCUUAUCAUCAACACAACGACCGCGGUCAUGUAUCUCAGCACGCGCGCAUGUGCUGGAGAAGAAGAAGAAGAAUCGAGUACCCGGUGUUCGCAAGCAAGCAAGCCUACUGCUUAUCUGCGGCCAUGCACAAACAACGCGGUACGCCACGCCAUGUUCCUGAGCGGUCCGUCGCCGCACGUCCCGCUCCGAGUAACGCCACGACAGUGGCUCCCGUCAUUGGCGGCAGGCACAGCGACCACAAUGGCGCCGAAGAACCCUCGAACGACGCACCGAAGCGACUGACUCUGCCUCACACGGUGGAGGAUGGCUCUCACCGCGAAGGCAGCGGAACAGCGGCUAAGCAUCGUCACGCGGAAGGAAUGGAGCACGGAAAGAGCCAGGAGAGCCUGCAGCCAGAGUCACCACGUCAUAGCCAAGGGUGGCAUUCUCAACAAACAGACGCCGCACGGAAACUAGGUUCGCAUGGCAGGAACCGGAAAAAUGUUCAGUCCGGCGGCUAUGCCGAAGUGCCGAGAAUGCCGGCGACCUUUCCACAGCCGACCACCGAUUCACGACGUGAGUUUCCGCGACACGACGUUAUCGGAACGUCGCCUUCGGUGGUCCACGGCUCCGGCGGUGCUCACAUAGAGGAAGCUGACGUGCCUGUUCCGUCCUCGGUGGUCCAUCUGGAACCAUCUCAUGAAGCGUGCUACGUCCAUGAACAUGCUACUCAUCCAAUACCGGUGUUGCCAAGUGUCGAGACGCAAGAGCUCUCCGGGCACACAAAUGCACCACAUCAGGCACAGCAUGAGCUCCCUCCACCACUGGUGUGCAAAAUAUCGGUGCCACAUUUUGCGGGAGAGAGCAAGUACUUCGAAGACGGCGAGUCGGAGCAGACAGACUGGCUACACCCGACGUCGAUGACGAACACUUGUGAAACGUCGUCACGUAGACCGCAGAGACGAAUCGGCAACGGCACACUGGCUACCGCCCCUCUAGCGCCCCCUCUGGAUGCGACAGAGUCGCCUGUGACCGGUUUUCACGCAAAGGAAGCAAGCAGCAGUGUUCGGCAAAUACCGUCCUUCUCGGACAUGCGCGACGGUGAGCUGCAUUCAGUUAGGACACAACUUGAACAUCCCGACCGACCAAGCGCCAAUACUCGGGCCAAAAGAGACGGCAGUUCACAUGCAACGCCAUCGUUCUCAAGGUUCCGCUCAGCCUCGUUAAGCCUAGAGGAGGACGCCUUCAGGAGCGAUGAACCGAAAGGCAGGAAAAUGUCUUGGCCGGCUACCGGGGCCUCCGCGUGGUCGUCUGGCGAGAGCUCGCGAAGCCCACGGAAAGAUACCGCGACACCCGCGGUUUCUACAGUCGAUCUUCCAGAAACGCCUGCGGGAACAAAGUUUGUGACUGCUCAGUCAUCUCCUUCGCCUUCCAGCCGCCUCGAAUUCCCGGACCAGAGCACUACCUCCGAGCAGAGUCCGCAGACGUGCCUGCCUUUUCGGCCGCCAAGUGCGUUGGCUGACUCGCCCGAACGAUGGCCUCUUCGCCCGCAAGAACGUCACGGGUUGGAGCCGCCGUGGAUGAAGAAAGUGCAGGGGAGCGAUGCUCCGUCUUCCAGUUUCCACAGCAACACCACUUCGGCCGCGACUCCCUCGUCAUGGACGCGGGGCUCGUCGCCUCAGUUGACGGGACGCCGCGAUGACGUUCCCCCUGAGUGUGGGACGCGGUCGCGUAAGCAGCUGAGGUCGCUGCGCUUCCUCUCCAGCACGAUGCAGGUGAAGGCUGCUCUACUCGAAGCGGGCAUUCUGUGGCCACGAAUGCCCAGGGACUCGGACACGGUGGACGUGCUUGGGACGUGGCUACGCGCAUCGCUCACGCUGCACUGGAGCGUCGUGCUGGACGUGUUCGUCCAGCAAACCGAGAACAGCACCAGGGUCGCUCUGAGGCCGCUCCGAGAGUUUGAGCGCAUCGUGGAGAAGCACCAAAGACUGACACGCAGUGACCAAGAGGCCCAGGACUACUUUGAUACGCUCAGGCAUGCAGGACGGUCUAAAUAUGCCGCAAUAAUUAAGAGGAUAGCUGCGGUAUAAUGUCGCCUCAGAUUACGGAGAGCUUUAAUAAAAGAUAAAAUGAUAGCACAACAAAAGGGCGCAACAAUGAGAUAUCCCUGCACAUGAGCUAAAAGGGAAUGACAUGUAAGACCGAAGCGUUUAGCUACUGA